AUGAGUACUCCAAAUGGAUUUCCACAGCACUCCGGGGCAUGUGUUACUCAGAGCACGGAGGGUGGAGCAGUACAGGACCUGCACGCUAAAAAAGCUGGGAAAGCAGCAAAGAAGGAGGCUGCUGGCAAUGGGGUGCUUACCUUUGAAGAUCCUCUGAGUGUAGGCAUCUCUUUAAAUGAAACCUUAAAGCUUCUACCAGAUGAGCUCAAAGCUAAUACAAAAGUUAAAUCGGUCACUCCAAGGCCUCCUCGGAAACCCCGGCUGGAGCGUGCUGCAUCUCUGGAUGAGAAAAGCUGGAGGAGGUGGCGGCGGUUUAGAACGAGUCAGGAAAGUCUGACUGAUCCCAAUGAGACAAGUUCCUCAAAUGGUUCUCUGCAGGAAGCAUCCCUCAGCCCUCCUGUCAGGGGUAGGGCAAGCCCCUGCCAUCAGUGCUGCCAGCAGAAUUCCUUGCACAGUUCACCAGAUGCCUCGGAAGCCAGUCCCGUGGGGAAGAGCAGAGGAGGCACCUGUGACCUGGGGAAACGAGCCUCCGAAAUCUCCAGUGCCUUUGGUGGGCUUCUGCGUGGAAAAGCGUUUGCAGGUGGCAAACCCCGGCUGUCCCAAAUAAUGCCGGCUCGACCUCUGCCACCCAUGGAGCUCAAUAUGGCCUCUCACACGCUGAGGACAGCUAAUAGGAUUGACUCAGAUUGUAUGGAUUAUCGACAUUAUUCUCAGCACAAGUUUGGGAGGGUAAGCAGCAGCUUGAGCGAUACCAGGCUACAUGGCAACGGGAUGGUCUAUGAUAAUUGCUCCACAGACUCCAUGAAAUCUACGUUCAGUCUGCUCACUCCCAUUCGCUCCAAGGAUGUUCGAAGCAGAAGCUAUUUGGAAGGCAGCCUUCUGGCAAAUGGUGCCUUACUGGGAGCAGAAGAACUUAGCAGAUAUUUCCCUGAUCGGAAUAUUGGAAUUUUUGUGGCCACCUGGAACAUGCAGGGUCAGAAGGAGCUUCCAGUGAAUCUGGAUGACUUCUUAUUACCAACAGAUCCUGACUAUGCCCAGGACAUGUAUGUCAUUGGGGUUCAAGAAGGCUGUCCAGACAGAAGAGAGUGGGAGAUCCGCCUGCAAGAGACGCUAGGUCCCCACUACGUCAUGCUCUACUCUGCUGCACAUGGAGUGCUGUACAUGUCGAUCUUCAUUCGGAGGGACCUGAUCUGGUUCUGCUCAGAAGUGGAGUAUGCCACGGUGACAACUCGAAUUGUAUCUCAGAUCAAAACCAAGGGAGCUCUGGGAAUCUGCUUCACAUUUUUUGGGACCUCCUUUCUCUUCAUCACCUCCCACUUCACAUCUGGGGACAGUAAGGUGAAUGAGAGGAAACUGGACUACAAUAAAACCAUUCAAGCCCUUACACUUCCCAAGAACGUUCCGGACACAAACCCGUAUCGAUCCAGUUCUAAUGAUGUCACAACUAGGUUUGAUGAAGUAUUCUGGUUUGGUGACUUCAACUUCCGACUAAAUAAGGAUCGUGAGACCGUGGAUUCCAUCCUGAACCAGAACCCAGAAACAGACGUGUCCAAGCUAUUGGCAUAUGACCAGCUUACCAGUGAAAUGAGUAAAGGGUCUAUUUUCAAAGGAUUCCAAGAGGCUGACAUUCAUUUCCGUCCUUCCUACAAGUUUGACAUAGGAAAGGACAGCUAUGACACCACUUCCAAACAAAGGACUCCUUCCUACACGGGUGGAUGUGCAAAGGGACUUACCAUCAGUCUCCCCUCUCUCUCUCCCUCCCAGGAUCGAGUUGUAUACCGCAGUCGGUACAGAGAUGACAUCCAUGCUGUCAAGUACUCAUCUUGUCCUGUCAUCAAAACUUCAGACCAUCGGCCUGUAUUUGCCUUGUUUCGUGUGAAAGUGAGGCCUGGCAGAGACAACAUUCCACUUGCUGCAGGGCAGUUUGACAGAGAACUCUAUUUAAUUGGAAUAAAGAGGCGGAUUACAAGGGAACUUCAGAAACGGCAAGAGCAAAAGGACCAAAAAUCCAGCAGCGUAUGUAGCAUUUCCUGAGCUGAGAACUCUGCAAUGCUUGUGUUAGAGGUGCCAGGAAAGAGGAUUUCAGGCCAUGGCAAACUCUGGAGGGAAUUGUCUGCUUAAGGACCUCUGGCAGUUGCUGUGGCUUGCGAAGAAUGUCUUAAACCUCAUCCUGGGUUCAUUUGCAUGAGCUAAUCCAUGUAGCUCAAGUGCUUUUGCUGAAGAAAAUGGAGUCAGUUAUUUAGGACAUCCAUCCCAACAGAUGUAACUGAUUUAUUUUUAACCAUACUAUCUUUGGAAGCAACCGGAUGCAGACUCUUGGUUCUAAGAUGACUCCACACAGGGGGCACAGCUUCUGGAAUUGGCAUGACCAGGGGCAGGGGACCUAAGAAAAGCCUGCAGAAAGGUGAAAAUUUUUGUUUGUCUCUUUGAUUUGAUCUGGUUAGCUUAUAUAUGUUGUGGGGUUGGUUUUUUUCUCCGCAUCUGUAGCCAAGUGUACGGUAUUCUGUAAAAUGCAUAACAGGGACCAGUUAGGGGACUUGGGCAGUUUUGUGUAAGGAUGGUGCUCCUGUGUUGGGCUUUUUUGGUCCUCCACAGCAAGAUCUGUGUGAAUGUACUACUGUACAUUUGAAGUGUAGAAACAUUGCCUUUCAAUAAUUAUUCUAUAGGCCUUCUGUUACUAAGGGGGUAAAUAUCAAUCUCUCACACCAUAUAUUUGGCUGUUGAGACUGCUUGAAACAAUCCCUUCCUUAACUCACUUGCCCUCCCCAGGGGUGAUAAAACACUACCUGCCUUCAUUAGAGGACACUUGAGUUGAAAAUAAUGGUCUAAGUACAGCUACUGUGUAAUGCUUCACCAAAGUGAUUAAGAUGUCAAGCGAGUAUACUAGGGAAGUAUGCAGAGAAACUACAGCAAGUCAGAUUGGUGCAGUUCCAUUACCUCUGAUUACAGUUAAUUCCUUUUGUUUUUAUUUUUCCAAUUCAGUGAACUGUGAAUAAUUUGCUAUUUUUGAAGUAGUGUUGUCUUAAAGCUAAACAUAACUACAUGGACCAGUAUGGCACUGGUAAAAUCUAAGUACAGCUAAUACUCAAAAACUUCAUGGGCACAGAUCAGCUGGAUCAUUAUCACCUUAGUACAGAAAACACCGUGCAAACAACUUGGAGGAAGUGCUGCUAACUAUGCAACCUGUCCAAGACAGAGCUUCUGUUCUGCGGUACAAACAUUUAUGGCACUGACCUGUCUGUAGCCAUCAGGUACUUGGAUUUCCUUUCUUUUUAAAGGAAUAAAAAUAAAUUAAUGCAAUACCUUAAA